AUGUCAACGACGUCGUUAGCUACCCAUUUCACGGCAUCCCUCCUCCUCUGCCCCCUCGGCCUCCGCCGCCUCCUCUGCUCCUCCUCUCUCUACCUCACCAACCCUUCUCUCUACCGAUCAAGAACAUGGUAUUUCUCCCAAUCCAACUGGAAAACCCUCGAUAUCUACUCACUCCUAAUUCUCCUCCCAAUCGCCUCGCUCUCCCACAUCGUCUUCUUCCUCGCAAUUUCCGAAUCCCCAAUUCACAAAUUCUCAUUCCUGCAGCAGUCAUUCGUCAUCUCCCUCUUCUGGGUGAUCCUAAUUCUGAUCGUUGCGAAGGAAAGUUUCGAUCUUUGCUCUUUUUUACCUGACAAUCUUGUUUUCGCAUUUGCUGCAAUUGCAUUUCUGAUUGAGUUUUACAUGGCUGGGAGGGGGCUUAUUGGGUUUGGUGUCUGGCUGUAUCGAAUUCUUGGUUAUUUCACUCUUCUCUGCGCUGGGUGUUGCCUGUGUUUAUCGGUGAGGCCGAGUGCGUUUUUCGCGGAGUUUUUGCUGUCGUGUGGGCUCGUUUUGAAGGGCAGCUGGGUGCUGCAAGUAGGGCUUUCGUUGUACACUGAUGCAUUUGGGUUGAAAGGGUGUGGUAAGAUUGAAAGAGGAGAAGCUGAUGUCAAGUGUGAGCUUGAUGAUGAUGUGUGGAGGGGGGUGGCAUUGGUGAAUUUGGUGUUUGUUGGGCAUGUUAUCGUGGUUAUUGUGAUCGGCUUUGUGUCGUUUGGGUUGUUGCAUAACAGGAAACGGGGCGAGGGGAGCGGGCUAGGUGUGGGAUCCGAGAGCAUGCUUAUGCAUCCUCUUCCUGAAAUAGAGAUUGAAUGA